AUGCAUGAACACAAGAUCACAGAUAAAAGUACUGAAAAUUUCAAAAUAGGCAGCAUAUCUUUAAACUAUGGUCAGCGCCUUCAGAACAAGAAACUCAUAGCUCUAGGGCUGCACAUCCGUGAAGUUGGCCCUGCCUCCAUGGACUUGACUCCUGCCACUCUGGGCCCCACCGUCUCGCUGUGUUCCUUCCUACUGGGGGCUUCACACCACGUCAGAGAACUUCUGGCCCAAAGUAACUCUCCAUCAGUGUGCGCACCACAGUCACCACUCUUCGUUUAUAUAUUUGCUUAUUUCCUUCCCUCCCUGAAUGGCAAGUGGGUUGUAGGCCUGAGUCUGGCUUUGUUCAUGAUUGCCGUAGCAGUGCCCAGAGAAAUCUGUGCUUUCAAGAUCCAUGGCCAGGAACUGCCCUUCGAGGCUGUAGUGCUCAAUAAGACAUCUGGGGAGGGCCGGCUCCGCGCCAGAAGUCCCAUCGACUGUGAGCUACAGAAGGAGUAUACAUUCAUCAUCCAAGCCUAUGACUGUGGAGCUGGGCCCCGGGAGACAGCCUGGAAGAAGUCACACAAGGCCGUGGUCCACAUCCAGGUGAAGGAUGUCAAUGAGUUUGCUCCCACCUUCAAAGAGCCAGCCUACAAAGCCAUGGUAACAGAGGGCAAGAUCUAUGACAGCAUACUGCAGGUGGAAGCCAUAGAUGAGGACUGUUCCCCCCAGUACAGCCAGAUUUGCAACUAUGAAAUUGUCACAACGGAUGUGCCUUUUGCCAUCGACAGAAAUGACGACCUCAUGCAUGAACACAAGAUCACAGAUAAAAGUACUGAAAAUUUCAAAAUAGGCAGCAUAUCUUUAAACUAUGGUCAGCGCCUUCAGAACAAGAAACUCAUAGCUCUAGGGCUGCACAUCCGUGAAGUUGGCCCUGCCUCCAUGGACUUGACUCCUGCCACUCUGGGCCCCACCGUCUCGCUGUGUUCCUUCCUACUGGGGGCUUCACACCACGUCAGAGAACUUCUGGCCCAAAGUAACUCUCCAUCAGUGUGCGCACCACAGUCACCACUCUUCGUUUAUAUAUUUGCUUAUUUCCUUCCCUCCCUGAAUGGCAAGUGGGUUGUAGGCCUGAGUCUGGCUUUGUUCAUGAUUGCCGUAGCAGUGCCCAGGCCCCCACUCACUACCUUCCAUCCUUCUGCAGGAGAAAUCUGUGCUUUCAAGAUCCAUGGCCAGGAACUGCCCUUCGAGGCUGUAGUGCUCAAUAAGACAUCUGGGGAGGGCCGGCUCCGCGCCAGAAGUCCCAUCGACUGUGAGCUACAGAAGGAGUAUACAUUCAUCAUCCAAGCCUAUGACUGUGGAGCUGGGCCCCGGGAGACAGCCUGGAAGAAGUCACACAAGGCCGUGGUCCACAUCCAGGUGAAGGAUGUCAAUGAGUUUGCUCCCACCUUCAAAGAGCCAGCCUACAAAGCCAUGGUAACAGAGGGCAAGAUCUAUGACAGCAUACUGCAGGUGGAAGCCAUAGAUGAGGACUGUUCCCCCCAGUACAGCCAGAUUUGCAACUAUGAAAUUGUCACAACGGAUGUGCCUUUUGCCAUCGACAGAAAUGGCAACAUCAGAAACACUGAGAAGCUGAGCUACGACAGGCAGCGCCAGUAUGAGAUCCUGGUGACAGCCUAUGACUGUGGACAGAAACCUGCUGCUCAGGACACCCUGGUGCAGGUGGACGUGAAACCUGUUUGCAAGCCUGGAUGGCAAGAUUGGACCAAGAGGAUUGAGUACCAGCCUGGUUCGGGGAGUCUACCCUUAUUCCCCAGCAUCCACCUGGAGACGUGCGAUGGAGCUGUGUCCUCUCUCCAGGUCACUACUGAGCUGCAGACCAACUACAUCGGGAAGGGCUGUGACCGGGAGACAUACUCUGAGAGAGCCCUUCAGAAAUUAUGUGGAGCCUCCUCUGGCAUCAUCGACCUCCUGCCAUCCCCCAGCGCUGCCACCAACUGGACUUCAGGACUGCUGGUGGACAGCAGUGAGAUGAUCUUUAAGUUUGAUGGCAGACAGGGUGCCAAGAUCCCAGAUGGGAUUGUGCCUAAGAACCUGACGGACCAGUUCACCAUCACCAUGUGGAUGAAACAUGGCCCCAGCCCCGGUGUGAGGGCUGAGAAGGAAACCAUCCUCUGCAACUCAGAUAAAACUGAAAUGAACCGGCACCACUAUGCCCUAUACGUGCACAACUGCCGUCUCGUCUUCCUCUUGCGGAAGGAUUUUGACCAGGCCGACACCUUUCGCCCUGCGGAGUUCCACUGGAAGCUGGACCAGAUUUGUGACAAAGAGUGGCAUUACUAUGUCAUCAAUGUGGAGUUUCCUGUGGUCACUCUCUACAUGGAUGGAGCAACAUAUGAACCAUACCUGGUGACCAACGACUGGCCCAUUCAUCCAUCCCACAUUGCUAUGCAGCUUACUGUCGGUGCUUGUUGGCAAGGAGGCGAAGUUGCCAAACCACGAUUUGCGCAGUUCUUCCAUGGCAGCCUAGCCAGUCUUACCAUCCGCCCUGGCAAAAUGGAAAGCCAGAAGGUGAUUUCCUGCUUGCAGGCCUGCAAAGAGGGGCUGGAUAUUAAUUCUUUGGAAAGCCUCGGGCAAGGAAUAAAGUACCACUUCAACCCCUCACAGUCUAUCCUCGUGAUGGAAGGAGAAGACAUUGGGAACAUCAACCGUGCCCUGCAGAAGGUCUCCUACAUCAACUCCAGGCAGUUCCCGACAGCAGGCGUGCGGCGCCUCAGAGUCUCCUCCAAAGUUCAGUGCUUUGGGGAAGAUGUGUGCAUCAGCAUCCCCAACGUGGAUGCCUAUGUGAUGGUCCUGCAGGCCAUGGAGCCCCAGAUCACUCUGCAGGGCACAGAUCGUCUAUGGAGACCUGCUGCCCAGUUCGAAAGUGCCAGAGGCGUAGUCCUCUUCCAGGAUAUCAAAAUUGUGAGCACCUUUGCCAAACCUGAGGCCACUGGGGACAUGAAAACCACAGCUGCAAAAUCAGCAGACUUAGAAGAAAUGCUUCACAACUUGGAUUUUUGUGACAUUUUGGUGCUUGGAGGGGACUUGGACCCAAGACAGGAGUGCUUGGAACUCAACCACAGCGAGCUCCACCAACGACAUCUGGAUGCCACAAACUCGACUGCAGGCUACUCCAUCUAUGGCGUGGGCUCCAUGAGCCACUAUGAGCAGGUGCUGCAUCACAUCCGCUACCGCAACUGGCACCCGAGCUCCCUUGAGGGAAGGCGGUUCCGAAUCAAGUGUUCAGAACUCAAUGGGCGCUACACUAGCAACGAGUUCAACUUGGAGGUCAGUGUGCUACAUGAAGUCAGAGUCCCAGACAAGGAACAUGUCAGCCACCUUAUCGUGCAGCCUCCCUUCCUCCAGUCUGUCCAUCACCCUGAAUCCCGGAGUAGUAUCCAGCGCACUUCAGUGGUCCCAAGCAUCGCCACGGUUAUCAUCAUCAUCUCCGUGUGCAUGCUGGUGUUUGUUGUGGCCAUGGGUGUGUACCGAGUUCGGAUUGCCCACCAGCACUUCAUCCAAGAGACUGAAGCUGCCAAGGAGACCGAAAUGGAUUGGGAUGACUCUGCACUGACUAUCACCGUCAACCCCAUGGAGAAACAUGGAGAAUCAGGACACGGGGAAGAUGAGACUGAAGGAGAGGAGGAGGAGGAAGAAGCAGAGGAAGACAUCAGCUCCAGCAGCAGCGAGGACAACAGUGAAGGGGAAGAGGAGGAAGAGAUGGGCAGAGGCAGACAUGGGCAGAGCGGCACCAGGCAAGCCCAGCUGGAGUGGGAUGACUCCACCCUGCCCUAUUAGUGCCUGCAGGUCCACUGCCCAGCCCAUGUGUCCCUUUUGUAAAGCCCACCCGAGCCAGGGUCUGCCUGAACCAAUCACAGCAAUCACCAAUCACCUCUCCGUGACAGCUCUGGGAAGGCCUCUGCAGCUUCCUCAAACCUGCCUAUAGGGCAGCUCCCUGAACCUCUGUGUCAUGAUCAGCGGGGACUCCAGGGUGGACUUUGUCCUUUAGCUCCCACUCCUCCUGCCCUGGAUUCACCAAGCAUCCUGUGAGUCACUCUGCAGACUUCUGAACACCUUGCUCUUUUCUAUAAAGGACAAGGUUUACCUUUCUAUCACUCACCUCCCCAGGAUCAGUGCUCCUGAGGCCCUUGGGUCCCAACUCCCAUUGUGCAUCUCUCUCCACUCAUAGCAGCAGGUCCUCCCUAUGCUCACUCUGUGGGUUCCUUUGUACAGGGAAAGAGGUAGCACUUCAUUCAUUAGGUCUUAGGGCUAUACACUUGAAUGGAAGACCCCUGAUGAGGCAGAACUGCAUUUAUAGGGAAAGAUACAUAGAAACAUACUUCCCAGCUCAGAGAGCCUUUCCCUUUGCUUCUUUUUGAGGCUACAUAUAUUGACAGGACAAGUAUAAAACCAAGGAUUGGUCAUUGGCCACAAGCAGAGCCUAUCCUCAGGCAAAGGAGCCUGCCUUCCUCAGGAGCACUGAGACCCAUGUGGCUGACCCUCUGGGGAGCACAAUUACCACACAAAACUACCAGACAUCAGGAAGCAUUCUACCAGGCACUGCCCCAGUGACAGCCACACCAAGGUCACAGCCAGGGGUAGGAAGAAGAGCCAAUGGGUGGCCUAUUAGGGCCUCGUAGGGGAUGCAGAGCUGGAAGACGGGAGGGUGGCUGGGCACCCCGGGACCAAGGUAGCCCUAAAGUUGACAAGGUUCUCACAACCUCACCUCGUGCUCCUUUAUCUCUUGUAUUACAAUGUUUUACUUUUAUUCCCCCAGUACCAAGGAUUGAACCAAGACUUUGUGCUGGCCAGUAAGGCAAGUCACCACUGAGCUAAAUUCCUGGCCGUGCAAUGUUUCACUCUUACAAAAAUAUGCCCUUUUCAAAUGUAUUAGAACCUACUUGAAUUUCACAAGUCAAGAUGAAAGUUUGGAAAUCUAACUUCUAGGAAUUAGAAGCACAUUUGUAACAAUGGCAGUUGCUUCUUUCCUUUUCUCAUAAAAGAAGGAAUGCUUUGAGUAGAGGGCAAAUACAUUCAAAACCCAAAUUUCUUUUUCUUUCUUCUUCUUUCAGUGAGGAAGUCUUUUCUAUCUCCAUUCUAACAUGGACACCUCAUAAAAAGAAUUGUUGCUAUAGUAACUAGUGGGUGAUCAUUGUGGCCAAGACAAUAGCAGGCAAGAAUUAAGGCUGUUAUAAGCCUUCCACGAGGCUGUCAGGACAUGCUUAUUUCAAAUAUCUUGGGUUCCUCUUUGUCCUCAGAAUGUACAAGCUGUCCUUACCGUCCCACUCCACCCGAAGCCCAUCCCAUCCUGGUUUGGCACGGGCAUAAAGCUGUUCCCCAGCCAAUCACGUGCAAAUUCAACAGAAAGUUCAGCAUCUGCUCAGUGUCUUUCCUGUGUCAUCCAGUCAGAGAACUUAAGUAGGGGGACCACAACCAAUGUCUUCUGGUUCAACCUCCACUCAGUAAGGAUCCACAAGAGGCCUUUGCACCCUUCUGCUAGCAAGAGCUACCUUAGACAGCUCUUUCCAUCCCUGAAGUGUUUUUGCAUCCUUUCCCUCCUUUGAACUUCCCAGUAAUCCUGUGAAAUAUUUGGCACAUCUGUUGUUAGACGCAUUUUUGUGAUGAGUAAAGCAGGGCUCAGAGAGUCAGUGUCUUGCUCAUAGCUGUUCAGACAUAAAGAAGAGGCUGGGCUCCCACCCUCCACUCUUGAUCUGUGGUUCUACUUCAUGUUCAUACUGAUGUACUUACCAGGCAUUCUGAGCAGCUGCUUUAUGCUAAGCAUCCUACCAGAAGCUGUGGGAAAUGGACAUUGCUGAAUGAGAUAAGCCCCUCCCUACACAGGACUUGAUCAUCAUAGAAGAGGCAUAGAAGCAGGCAUAGAAAUCAUACAGUGCAUGCAGAGAAAGGGAGAGAGGAAGUCAUGAGAAGAGGGACAUGUUCACAACUCAAGCAGUGAUCUUGUGCCUUCUUGAGAAUAGCAGUGGAAGAAGCUUGAGAUUAUCUAUUCAUUGACAGGAAAUAAACAUAUUUCCUGUGAAUGAUCCCAAUCACAUUCCCCUCUUCUAUCAGGACAUGACUCCACACUCACAGGGAUGGGGAGGCCUGCAGGACUGGUUAGGCUGUACAACCCACAAUUUCAAUAAAAAGAGGUUCUUCAGUCAGGCAUUUAGAUACUCCUGAAUUCUAUCAAAAUGAUGGCAUAAAAAGGGACACUUUAUAUGUUUAGAACUAAAUCCUUUUUUGCAUUAGGUUUUGGUUGCAAAGAUUUAAGGCUAGGGUUUCUGAGAGCACUUUUCUCUCCACUCUCUUUCCAGCUUGAUUGGGUGGGGAAGGCAUUUCUUGUAUUCUUAGGCUGUCUCUUGUCACCGCAUCUGUCAUGAUUGGAUAGGCUGUUUGGAGCAUUGGGAAACCUGUAUGUGUUUGGGUUGGGGUGGCAGAUGAAAGUGACGCUUGGCUAAAGCAGCAAAGAUAUGUCACUUGGAGAAGCAUUUGGUGACUGGACUCAAAGAAGCAGUGGCAACAACGAACCAGAGCCCUUUCCCUCUUUUACCACAAGAGGCUACUGUUCAUGCCAGCUCUGAAGUUGAGGCACUUGAAAGAUUCUGCUGGGUCCACAGGUAUUUAUCCUGUUCCCAGUACCCUACUCAUUACCACAGAUGAACAAGAUGGCAGAGGUUAUAUAGGACUGACAGAAGCUUCAGGAGGUAUCCAGAAGAGUGGUUGAUAAUAUAAUUGGCCCUGAGUCUGAUAUUCUCGCCAUAAAUGAAAAAUAUCAUUAAUAGGUCUGGUAUUUUCCAGUCUGUGUGUGCUGGCAUUUGGGGAAGCAAAACUCUCAGGUGGCCUUGGCACACUCUAACCUCUCAUUCAGACAUCAGCAGCCAGGCAGAUGCAGUCUCAGAACCAUGAAGAGGAGCUGACUGGGCUGGCCACCAACAAGUCCACUGCUAUUGUACUAUUGUAAGUGGAUGAUGCCACAAAUCUGCUGUUCUGAGCUAGAAAACAACAAGGAUGGAACCUCUUAGGUGACUUGGAUGUCAGGGAAAAGGAGAGAAAGGAGGCUGAGAUUGCAAAAGACCAGGACAUAAUGAAUUGCCCAGUGGAGUAAAAGCAAUCAACUAGUUGGUGAACUGUCUUAAGGAACACUAAAAGUAUAUUCUGACAGAUUUAAUCAAAUGCUCUAAAUCUGGCAAAGGCCCAAAUUCAUCUAGAUACAAAAAUGUAAUUUCAUGGGCUCCCUUUUCAUUACCACUGUCAUGAAUUUAUUUAAUCAUCUGCCAUGCAAGGUUUAGAGCAAACCCCUCCGUAUCUAACAAAGGCUAUCCCUGUAACAUGGAUUCUCCAGGAGGAGGGCUCCUGCUACAAAACAGUGUGCUCCACUUCUGUGUGUUAGAGGUCAGCAAACCUUAUCUGCAAAAGGCCAAAUCAUAAAUAUAUGAGCUUCCAGGCCGUGUGGUUUCUGUUGCAAGUACUAGAUUCUGCCUAGUAGCAUGAAGGCAACCACAACCAACACAUAGAACAAAUGAAUGUUCCGGUGAAACUUUAUUUAUCCAUGCAUGCACCAAUAAAACUUUAUUUAUGGGCACUAUAAAAGUAGGCAGCCUAAAUUCAUAUAAUUUUCAUGUCAUGACUUUUUUUUUUUUACUCUUUUGCUUUUAUUUCCAACUACUCAAAAUCAUAAAAACCUUUCUUAGCCCACAGGCCAUAUGAAAACUAGCGGUCAACAAGAUGACCAGACAUGGUCUGAGGGCUGUAGCGUACAUGGAAGGAGGAAAACUUUCCCUUUCCUAGAAGAAAGCAAACUACUAUCUCAUUCCUUCCAUCAACAACUUGAUAGUCUUUGCUUCCAAAUUGAACAGCAAGAAAACUCCAUAGUUCUUCAUUAAGCUCUUUUAGAAGUUCAUGCUCCAGGGGAAAUGAAAACAAAACAAAUCAGAAACACUUGUUGUUUUUGAGCUGACAAAUUCAGAUGAAUAUUCCUAAGGUUUGAAGGCCUUGGAUCCAGGGAACUGACUGCUACUGAGCACUAACCCCACUGAAGUAAAUGUUAACUCCCCAGGCUUUAGUGUCUUCCCAGCGCGCCGAGCGCAUGAGGAUUUCUAAGCAGAAAUGUUCAUUAUCUCAGACUGAUUUUCACUUCAGCUCUGCUCAUGCCAUGGCUCUAAAAAUGAUCCUAAAGACUUGUGACUUUUCGAAUCAAUAGCAACAUAAUCAGCCGAAAGCACAACCCAGCACACUUUAAAAUUAGCAGUUUUCUUGGCUCUGUGACUCAAUAUUAGCAAGAGGAAGAAAAGGAGCAUUUAUUUUCCUUAAUCACUGUCUCAUUUCAAUUAACCAAAUAUGCUUUACCAAAAAGUAAGGGAGUAUGUCUGUUUCUUUGAAAGAAUUUGUCAGUAAAAAGUCCAUGACGUUCACGUACAAUAAUUUUCCAGCCUCUGUGGGAUUCCUAAGCCUCCUGCAGUGUGUACUGGCAGGCUGGGGACAGUACACCAUUCUCUCUCUAUCUGCAUCAGACAUUUAUCAAGGCUGACAAGCCAAAGCCCUUGGCACAAUUUAAUUUUCAUGUAACCACUUUCUGUUGUCCAGCUGAAGGCAAAGGAAAUGAGCAAUGAAAGUUUUGAAGUCUAUUCCAGCACCCUCAUUUCCCUGUCUUGAUUUGCUUCACUUCAUAAAUUUAUUCUAUAUCUGCUCCAAAGAUCUUGCUUUAGUUUUCCUUUUGGAACCAACUGGAAAAGGAGGGCUGGCUUUACAGGGCAUGCAGAUUAGGAGGCAAGCUUCACUUUGUCCCAGGGAGACAAAUGAGACAGAAGUUACCUCCACCAGCACUCCGGAAAGCAAUCAGACAGUUCUUAUGCGCAGUCAGUGAACAGAUGGGAGUCUGUGUUUGCAGCCAUGUUCGAUGCCAUUCAGCAAGUCCUCACUGGGCACCCAUGAGUGCACCAGGUGUCCUGCCAGGAACAAGGGAGAGAGAGCCAAUGAUACAGAACCCAGCCUAGGAGGAUCUCUUGGUCUUGCGAGCUGUGAGGAUCCUUUCUUCUCAGAACUGGAAGCUGUCCACAAGCAGUCAGGACUGCUAAGGGGGAGAAGUUUGAGGCAGAGGAGUUGGGUUCACUUAUUUGAUCAUAGUGAUUCCAUGGACACUGAUACUCCUCACUGAGGCAGCCUGAGGGGACCUCUAGGGAAAUGGGUAAUGUUUCCCUAAAUGUCCCCUAAUGGUUCCCAAGCCUGAUUCAGUUCACAUGUAGAAAGGAGCCAGAAGAAGUAACAUGACUGAUGACUGAGCCAGAGGAAGUCCUUAAUUAAGAGUAGCAGUCAGGCAGACCUUGCAAGUUAGGGUGAUCCAGGUGGGUGUCAAUCAAGUGAUGUGAAGCAACCCUCAGAGCUGACAGGUGAAAGGGUCCGCGCUCUGGAGGACCUGUAGAUGCUGCAGAGCUGUGAUUUUCCAUGUGUGGUCUGAGAACCAGUGAGAAUCACAGAUUCAUAAAGCCCACUCCAGGCCUACUGAAUCAGAGACUGGAGGUGGAGUCCGGGGAUCUUUGCUUUAAUGAGGUUCUGGGGCACACGGAAGUUGAGAACCAAUAAUAUAGAGGAUGAGCAUAGCUUAAGCUGCAUGAGGAGGAGCUGCUAUUAACAAAGAAGGUCAAAUCACCAAUCACUGGUUCAGUAAUGGCAAACUGGGAUGGGGGUUAGCAGAACACACACCCUCCACUCUUCCCUGAGGGCCUUCCCAACUCCAGUUCAUAUUCCUGGAGCACUGGUUUCAGGGGGCCUUGGUCUUAGCUCUAAUCCCCCUCCUCCCUUCAGGCAUGAGACAAUGAGACAAUUCUUACCCAUGUGCCCCUUCUCCCCUAGAAGGAAACAGCCCAGGGGAGGUUCUAGUGGGAACACUUGCACCUAGGGAGACCACCUGCUAAUCUCCUGUACCAGCAGGCUCCUUAAGGCCCAUACUGAAUGGAAAAAUAACAUUGCAGCCAUGACCCUAGACCACAAGAAGGACUGCUUUGCUUAAAGCCUUGUGCUAGUGGUGCGUUGAGAGAACCUGGUAGAGAGUGAACAGGGUCAUUCAAGGAUACUGCCAAGUUAUUACAGCGCUGUCCAUUUGUAAUGGGACUUGGGGCACGCAGCAUCACAAUUCAAAUACUAAAUUAGAUGGGGAAUAAAUAGCUUUUCUUGGAAAAGCAGUAAUUCAUGUUACUAAAAGUAGAAAACCAAUAACCAAAAACAAAACAGCAGCCUUAUAGACAAUGUGAAUCUGUCUAGACUCUCUCAUUUUCAAGGCCUAUGUAAGUGCCAGGUACCACCAAUGCCCAACCCCCAACCUACCAGAUACCUGAGGUCUGCCAAUCACUAAUUUAUGGCUUAAGUUCCGUGAAGGUCCACACACCUUUGGGAAGAACUCGUAAGUGCUUUACCAGUCAUUUGCACUUAAUUGUGGUUCCCACUCUGUCCAGAGAACAGAGGAAGGACAGAUGGGAAAAAGUGUAGCACGUGAUCCAGGAGAACCUACAAACCCGGAUGCUGCCCUGCUCAAAGACAUACCUGGUGUUCCAGCAGUCUCCUCGGUGAGUCCCCAGAUAUCCCAAGGGAAAAUGCCAUUUCCCCAGCCCAGCCUGGGAAAAUGACUUCUGAUCAAAUGCCCAGCCAAUCUCCUGAGACCAACACAGAGAUCAUAUUGAGGACAACUCAUUUCUAAGAAGUUAGAGUCUGCUGAAAGAAAAAAAAGAAAGACAGAAAAAAAGACAGAAAGAGAAAGGGGGGAGAGAGAGGA